CUCCUCCUUUUCCCAACCCCACAACGUCGCAGGUGAUGUCAGUGGGGUCCUUUCAGCUAUGGGACUCUAGCAAAAACCAAAGCAGUAGGAAUGGCAAAUUCAGAUGAUGCUACUGUGCACCGUCCUACCGAGGGGCAAGAUUCUCAAGAGAGUGAUCAUCCCCGCUUGCCCGAGUUACUGGAUACUGGUUGGAAACUGCUGGAAGAUGUUGAUAGCAGCAUGGAACCACCAUCUUCUCCAGCAUUACAAAACAAAGUGAAGAGGGCCAUAAACAGCUUGGAACAGGCGACUCGAAUGGUGACACAGCUUGACUUGUUCAGCCAAAAUGAAGAACUGGAAGAAAUUGCUACUGUUGACCUGAAAUAUUUGUUACUACCUGCCUUACUGGGAGCACUGGCACUGAAAGGUUCCGAUAUGAGUAAGCGUGAGGCUCAUCUGAAGACUGCUCAUGCCUACUUCCUUGAUUUCUUGAAACGCUGCAAGAACUACAGUAUUAUGCAGUUUGAACUCCCACAAAUGAAAGAUGGAUCCAGUGAAAAUGGAGGGAGCAAUGAUAUUAAGCCACCUACUUCUGGUCAGUCAAGUCUGGUUUCCAUGGCGGCCCAAAGAAGAGCCAAAAUUGAAAGGUACAACCAGAAAAAAGAGACUGAAACUAAGUUGGCAUCACUUAAAGUUGCUGUUGAGAGUGGCCAAGCUGAUGAUGAGGUGGUUCGGGAAUUUUACCUUCUUCAUAUCCGGAAGUGGAUCAACAGCAGCCUUGAUGAGAUUGAAAGUAUAGGCCAAGAACUGGAAAUCUUGAAAUACAGAGGGGCUCUGAAACAGGCUACUGCAAAAUCUCCACCUAAGCAUCCUGCCAGACCUCCAAUGAAGCCUUUUAUCCUCACUCGUGAUGUUGCCCAGGCCAGAGUGUUUGGGGCAGGCUAUCCGAGUAUUCCAACAUUGACUGUUGAUGAAUGGUAUGAAGAACACCAGAAGCAUGGAGUUCUACCUGAUCAAGGAAUAGCAAAGAAAGCUGAAGCAAAUGAGGAAAUUGAGAAAGAAAGGCAGGAAAAAGAGCUGGAAAGUGACGAUGCAGAAAGUUUGCAGAGAGCACGAGAAAUGGAUGAGUGGAAAGACUUUCACCGAAGAGGAUAUGGCAACAGGCAAAACAUGGGCUGAUCUUUCUCCUAUUCCUGCGUUACCUAAAUUGGAUGAUUAGUGCACUUAAUUUGGGUUGUGGUCAUUAUCAGCAUUGUGGAAAAGAAGAAGCUUGUUAAUCUUUCAUUCGUUUUUUUGUAAUUGCUACCACCUAAUGGCUAUACAGUUUUGAUAGCUGUCUUUGUUUGCUGGGUGCCUGUUAGUAUGUGUUAUGAACUGCAGAGAGUUGUACAUUUCUGCUGAUGACUUGGAGUCGGAUGUUUUCACAGCCUUGCCUCAGCCUUUCUUGUUUGAAUCUUGGGAGUACUCAGAAGGCAAUGAGCAUAUUAUAGUUAUCUGAUCUGAAGCAAACAGAAGACAUUAAAUGUUCAUUGUCAUUGCUGAAUUGCACUGCAUCAAAAAUAUAAUUGAUGCAUUUGUGCAUCUCCUCUGUGGUAUCUCUACUUUGUAGUUUGCUAGGUGCACUGUGCUUGACAGCUAGUCAUACCCAUGGACAGUUGAAUUGUACUUCACAGCACCUGGUUUAUAACAGAAAUGAACAGUGUUUUUAUGUAAAUAUGUUGACUGUCAUUCUGUUUAUUUUUGAGUAAGUGGUUAAAAAUAAAUUGUACAGUAUGAACCCUA